AGAAAAAGUUCCUCAUUUGGCAAAUUCAUAGACUGCAAAUAUGUCUGUGCGAAAAUUUUUGAUUUUUCAUCCCAUAUUGAUGCUGUCUGCAUUUAUUGGAACAGCUGAUGGAUAUUAUGAAUACAUGAAGCAUGAAUGCAUCUACAGCACCAGUGAUUACAGUGAUAUGGUGUAUCUUCUGUCAAAGUCCUUCAAUAAAGUUGUGGAUGUACAAUUUAACAGCUCUGUUGGGAAGUGUGUGGGGUACACUGAGGAAGGAGUGAAGUAUGCAGAGAACUGGAACAAAGAUCAGGCCAUUAUGCAGCAGUAUAAAGCUGCGGUGGACAGAUUCUGCAGAUAUAAUGCUCAGAUCAUUGACUCAAAUGUCCGUGAUAAAGCAGUAAAACCGGAGGUUACACUCAGUUCAGUGAAGCAGGCUGAAGGCAAUCAUCCAGCUGUGUUGAUGUGCAGUGCAUAUGAAUUCUACCCAAAAAAAAUCAAAGUGUCCUGGCUGAGAGAUGGUAAACUGAUGACCUCAGACGUGACCUCAACAAUGGAGAUGGCUGAUGGAGACUGGUACUACCAGAUUCACUCUGAGCUGGAAUACACUCCGAAAUCUGGAGAGAAGAUCUCCUGUGUGGUGGAGCACGCCAGCUCACCUCAACCUAUUGUUAAAGACUGGAAUCCCUCUAUGCCAGACAUUGAGAGGAAUAAAAUCGCUAUUGGAUCCUCUGGUCUGGUGCUGGGAAUUAUCAUUGCAGCUGCUGGACUCAUUUACUACAAGAAGAAAUCAUCAGGGAGGAUCCUGGUGCCAAACUGACUACAGUACGUCUAAUGCCAACUGAAAGAAGACCUCCUUGGAUCACUGAUGUAUUCUCUUUGUCACAUCUUUCGUACACUCUCCUUAUGCUGAACUUUUAUUUUUUUUUUAAACUUUAAUAAUUAAAGUAAUAAUUAAAAUGUAAAAAUUGCAUAAAAAAAUGCUUACAUGACUUGUAUUUGAGCAUAUCUAUGCAAUGUUGGUAGUGAUAAAAUAAUGUGUAUUUUAUUAUGUGUAAUGAUUUUGCUUGAACUCUCUAGAGCUGAUCGUAUGUGGAUAGAAGUAGUGUGAAUGAGGAUGUUAUAAAGUGUUUCAAUCAAUAUUUUCAUAACAUUUAGAACUAUUAUGAAACCAAACGGUUUGAUUUGAGUCAUAGAUUCAGCGUUCACACACAGAAACAUUUUUUCAUGGAACUUAAGCGCCCCCUACUGUCAUUAUUGUUAAUUGCAUUUAGUUUUCAGUGUGAUUGCUUCGUUUAAAUAAUCUUACUAAUACUACUGUAACUAGCAGAAAAAAAACAUCUAUAAAAUAUGCUAAAUCAUAUGGAGUAAUUUUUAUUUGUGAGUCUGUACAUUGUAGUUCUAAAUAAACAAUUCUUUACAA